AUGAAUAACGAAAAGACCUUGGAUCUUGUUAAGCACAAUCAAGAGCAGAUUUCGAAUCCCCUUGGACUUCAAUCUCCGAUAAAUGUUGAGCAUGGAACGCAGGUCGUUUUGAAUACAUCAGCCAUCAGUAGAAAUGGAGUGAAAGUUCAUCCGCAGCCUACAUCUGAUCCUCUAGAUCCCUUGAAUUGGUCUGGUUUUCAAAAGCAUGCCAUUCUUUCAAUUGUUAUGCUGAAAUAUUUUCUUUUCACAUACCUCACAACAACUACAGUCCCAUCUUUCACUGAAAUCCAGACGCAAUACCAGAUCAACUACUCUCAGGUGAACUGGACAGUUGCUGUUCCUGCGUUGGGCCUCUCUGUGGGACCACUCAUAUGGUCAUCUUUGAGUGACAUCUAUGGGCGAAGACUCAUAUUUCUGGUUGGCACAACCAUAGCCUUGGUAUCAACAGUCGGAGCUGCAGUUGCCGAUACUUACUCAGGUUAUAUGGCAGCUCGGUUCUUCCAGGGUUUUGGUGUUAGUCCUGCAUCUACAGUCGGGAUGGCUGUUGUAAAUGAUCUAUUUUUCGACUAUCAACGUGGACAAAAGCUCGGCUUGUGGGUGUUAGCUCUUGACUCAGGCCUUCUUCUCGGGCCGACCUUCGGUGGAUUUCUGAAUCUCGUCAGUGCACAGUGGAUAAAUUGGUUCAAUGCCAUUCUGUUCGCUUUGCUACUGGUCCUUGAAUUAUAUUUCAUGCCAGAAACCUUAUACCCCAGACAGCAGAUGCUCAUCAAUGAGAUGCAACUGAAGGGCGAUCAAGAGAAAAAUAGAGGCGAUUCGAGAAAAAGCGAAGCUGACAGUAAGAUGUUGGCGCCGGGCACCCCAAUCUCAGAAGAGUCAUUGCUUUCAAAUCUACCCCGAACGAAGAUAUUGGCCUUUGUGAACCUACGACCCAUACCUGGUAUGCGCCACCCAAAGCCAUGGGACUCUGUGAUUCGAUUUGUCCUUACGUUCAAAAUGCCGGUCGUUGUGAUUGCUGUGCUCGGAUACUCGUUCGUAUGGUACUGGUGGGUUCUCUCUGUCAUCACUAUGGUUCCAUCUGCAUAUGCAGAAUACACACCCCUGAUCCAGGGAUUGCUAUUCUUGGGGUUAUUCUUGGGUACUAUCGUGUCGGAGAUUUGCUGCUCUGGGCGUCUUAGUGACUAUAUCGUUGCAAGACUAUCGAAGCGGAAUGACACUCAGCCCAUGGCUGAAAUGCGCUUGUGGCUAGCCUAUCCCGCUAUUCUGAUCACAGCUGUCGGCUUGAUUGUUUGGGGUGUUAGUAUCGAUCAAAACUAUCACUGGAUUGUCGGUCAAAUCGCUUUCUUCCUGUUCGCUGCCGGAAUACAAAUCGGCAAUACCGCUGCAAGCAGCUAUAUAGUCGAUGCGUAUCCCUUGCAAUCAACAAGUGUUGUUACAUUUUACGCUGUUUUUCUCAAUCUGAGUGCUUUCAUCAACCCGUUCUUUACUGUUUCGUGGGAAGCCUCGGUUGGUUGGACUUGGACUUUCACAACUCAGGCACUAAUUGUCACCAUCGGAGGCGGCCUGGUCAUGGGUACUCUGCAUAAAUACGGAGGCUGGAUGCGCGAGAAGGCACCACAACCCUCUUGGGUGAAUCCUGAAUUUGAUAUAGGCGCAUAG